AGUUCGUUUUUCGAAUCGGUUGGGUGGACGCAAUAAAGUCCAGAGAAAUCCAAUGCUGGCUUAUUCAAGCCAAAUUGGGAAGUCGAAUCCUUAUUUAAAGCUCUCUUGUUUGAAAACCCAGUUAUCUCUCUUACCUUCUAGUUUGCUCUGCAAGAGAGCUGUAAAUUACAGAGAAAGACAAAGAAAUCCAGUCAUGGGGGCACUGAAGGGUAGCUCUCGACAGCCCUUAUUGCUGGGAUGGGCAUGCUUAGUUUUUCUCCUCUCCUCCAUGAGAGCAGAUGCCCAGAAAUGCCAGAGGUCUUUCAUUAUAGCUUCCAAAAUUGUUAAGCUGGAACACUGCAAGCAUGUUGGAGAAAAGGGUGGAACUCUUUCAUGGACAUAUAAUGCUGAAGAAGGGUCAAUACUUAUGGCGUAUAAGGCAAAGCCAAUUACAAGACGAGGGUGGGUCGCAUGGGGAAUAAAUCCGAGCAGCAAUGGCUUGGUGGGCACACAGGCCCUGCUUGCUCUGCGCCAACCUAAUGGCACCAUGUUUACUGGCAUAUACAAUGGGGCCUCCAAAGCAGGGACUCAACAGGCCGCGGAGUUCAUUAGGACUGAUAAUAUAAAAGUUCAGUUUCAAUCACAGACCUCUGUAUUUCACUCUGGUAACAUCUAUAUCUAUGCAACAGUUCUUCUCCCUUCCAAUAGGACCACAGUGAACCAGGCGUGGCAGUUGGGCCCUGUAAACCAAGGAGGAUUGGAUUCAUUUCCAAUUGCAGAUCUUCAGAGCUUUGGUACCAUUGAUCUUCUCAAGGGAAAGAUCCCCACUACUCCAAGUCCAGCAUCUCCGCCCGCUCCUUCCCCAUCUAAUCCUUCUCCUUCUCCUUCUCCCCCUCCUUCGCCAAGUACAGCAAACCCAUCUUUAUCACCCACACCUUCCAUUCCUUUUCCUCCUCCAGCUUCACCUUCUCCUUCACCAAGCACACCAAAUCCACCUUUGUCACCCACACCUGUACCUUCUACUCCUCCUCCUCCUUCUUCCCCUUUGUCACCCAUGGCCACACCUCCUCCUUCAGCUUCACCCUCUCCUUCGCCAAGUACACCUUCCACUCCUCCUCCCCCAACUUCACCCUCCCCUUCCCCAAGCACACCAAAUCCGCCAUCAUCACCCACACCUACACCUUCCAUAACUUCUCUUCCUCCAUUUUCCCCUUCACCAAGUAUUUCAAUUAUACCAUCACCAUCACCAUCAACAUCACCAUUACUAUCACCAUCACCAUCGCCAUCCACAUCCACACCAAUCAUAACCUGGUCUCCUUUUUCUCCUUCCCCUUCCCCUUCCCCUUUACAAAGUUCAGGUUCAAACAACGCCAAUGCCCAUACCACCAUCUCAACCAUUUCUUUCUCUUUUAUUUCUCUGUUUACUGCAUUUGCUUGCACAAUGUUUUCCACCAUGUAACAUGAAUAACU